CACCGCCACUAUCCCACAGUGCCCCGCGCGGUGCCAUCCCCCUCACACCGCCACUAUCCCACAGUGCUCCGCGCGGUGCCGUCCCCCUCACACCGCCACUAUCCCACAGUGCUCCGCGCGGUGCCAUCCCCCUCACACCGCCACUAUCCCACAGUGCCCCGCGCGGUGCCAUCCCCCUAACACCACCACUAUCCCACAGUGCUCCGCGCGCUGCUAUCCCCCUCACUCCGCCACUAUCCCACGGUACCCCGCGCGGUGCCAUCCCCCUCACACCGCCACUAUCCCACAGUGCUCCGCGUGCUCCGUAUCCUCUCACACCGCCACUAUCCCACAGUGCCCCGCGCGGUGCCGUCCCUCUCACACCGCCACUAUCCCACAGUGCCCCGCGCGGUGCCGCUCCUGUACCGCCGCUCUCCCACAGUGUCCCGCGCGCCGCGGGCCCCGAGCAGCCAUGGCGUACCGCGGGCAGGGCCAGAAGGUGCAGAAGGUGAUGGUGCAGCCCAUCAACCUGAUCUUCCGCUACCUGCAGAACAGAUCCAGGAUCCAGGUGUGGCUCUAUGAGCAGGUGAACAUGAGGAUAGAAGGCUGCAUCAUCGGCUUUGAUGAGUACAUGAACCUGGUGCUGGAUGAUGCUGAGGAGAUUCACUCCAAAACCAAGUCCAGGAAGCAGCUGGGUCGGAUCAUGCUGAAGGGAGACAACAUCACCCUCCUGCAGAGUGUCUCCAACUAAAAUGUGGAAAAAUUUGGGAUUGGGAGCUCUGGAAAACCGGGAUGAGCCAGAGCUGGAGAUCCCAACCUUCCCUUGGGAAUUGUGUUUUGUAGUUUGGGGCUUUCUUGGGGAAAUAAAAAUUGUUUUUUGUUU